UAUACAUAUAUAUUCAAGUCCUUACAUAACUAAAAAACUUAAAAUGAGUUUCAUUCAAAAGACGGACCGCAGCUCCCGCCGUAUUAGACGCUCCCAUCGAGAAUCCAUUGGCACCUCGUAUCACGUAUAUUGCAUCAACUUCUAUGAUAGUGGGCUAACUGCAGUCUGCAAUGAGUUCAUACAUCGAAUUAAACUUGGUAUGCGUCGAUCCCUGUUUGUGAUUGAUUUGCCGAGUGAAAUACAAUCUGCCGAGGCCCACAAUGAGAAAACUUUGCGCUUGUCCAAGACUAAGAAAUUAGUGGAAUUGAAGACAACGGAUCCUUUUACCAUAACAAAGCAACGUAUUCAAGAAUGCCUUGCAGAAUACGAUCAAGUGACUGCAAAAAUCGAAGCCGAGAAUAAUUUCAAUCUCUACCAGUAUUGGCUGAAGAAUAUUCCAGCCGAUUUGAAGAAUCGGCUUAGUGAGAUGACUAAGAGAAAAACCAAAACUAGUGGCACAGAGACCAAACGUGGUGGAGGCAGUAUAACUGGGGGUCGAGUGUCCAAAACAGCCAGGAGACAGCUAGGAAAGGAAAAUGCAGAUGCAAUGCCCAUGGCAAAGAUUGAAUGUAUGAGCAUGACGGCCAAAGAGCAUAAUAAAGUUGGCAAAGGAGAGCCUUUGGCUAGAAAAUUGUAUAUUAAAGACCAUCCUGCAUCGUCAAAAUUAAUCAUUAUGAUUGUUGGAAAUUUCGACAAUGAAUUCUAUACAGAACUACUCAGAGAUAAUCAGCCAUUACGCGGCAUUGUACACUUUCUGCCAGAAGAGAGUGCCUAUGACCUGCUAGUGCCACGACCACGUCGGGAGAAGGCCUUAAAGGAGACAAUUGAGAAAAUCCAACAUGAUAUACACUCUCUACGCAAGAGAACGGCGACCAAACCUGUGGGUAUAUUUCAACAGCAAUUACCACAAAUGUCCAUGUGCCUGGCCACUAAAUACUCGAAUGAGAUCUUUGAUCAAUUGAGUUGGUAUAUCUAUGAUGUGGAAACAUUGCGUCAACAAUAUUUGGACUAUUAUGUCGCACCCUACGAAGAGAUCGAUGUGAGAAUGGAUCCAUCUGAGAAUAUACAAGAUACUUUUCAUAUGGUCGAAUCGUUGAGUAUCCAGGGACAUUAUCUAAAAGCCCAAAUGCCAGCAUCAUGUGCAGAUGAUGGCACAGUUUAUUUGUAUUUGGAGUCCCUGAUGAGUACUUUCGGUAAUCCCCGUGAAUUACUAUCUGAAGUGGAGGUCUUACUGCUAGCCAAUCCAUCGCCAGCAAUACAGGUGAAAAUUCUCGAUAAGAUUAAAGUAUAUGCGAAUGCAUUCAAGAGCAUUGUCAAAUUAGUGAAGAACGAACGUUUAUUUGUGGAACAUUCCAAUACCCUGCUCACCAGUAUUGUCUCCUAUAUGAAUCAGUCUUUUAUGAAGAAUAUAUAUCACGCUUGCUUGGAAUACAAUCUAUUGCGACGUUACUUUAAUACAGGCUAUAUAAUCGAUAGUUUGCCAUAUAAACCAUAUAAUAAUGAUAUAGAUCCCAGUAAGUUACCCAAGUAUGCGAAACUUUAUUUAACCGACGAUUCCGUUAGUCAACGUAUUAUUGAGCUAGUUAAUGAGUAUGAAGAUUUUACCGUUAGGGAGAUUUAUCCAUCGGUGAAGCUAUAUACGUUUCGCAGAGCUUUGAAUGAGGUUAUUGAGAAUCAGAAGCAACAUUAUAUACCCACACGGCUUUGCUUUCGUGACUUUACGCUCUUCGAAAUGGAGCAAUUUUUGCAGGAGUUGGUCACCCCCAAAAUGUUCGCAGAGAACCUCGAUGAGAGAUCUGAGACGCUUGAUCUCAUGAGUGUGGCAACAAUAGCCGGCAAUGUGGAUCAUGAGCCCAUGCAAUAUCGUCUCAAAGAUGGCCAAAAUAUAAGCAUAGAUCCCAGUGUCUUUAUACGACCCCAGUCACUGAAGGCCCAAAAGAUGGCCCAACUGCAAAAGGAGCAAAAGGAACAAAAGGACCAGAAGGAGCCAGAGCCACAGCAGCCCAGGGGUAAACCGAAUCGUAAAAACCAAACGACUGAUAGUGAAAUAAGACUACAGCAAAAGCAAUCGAAGGUUAGCCUGGUGGUAAAUGAUUCUGCGACUCGUAGCGUGGGCAAGGAAGAGACAAAACGACACAGCUACAUUGGUCUGGGACCUGAUCAUCCCAUGUUAAAGGGCUAUAAUCUAGAUGACACACGCCAGACCAUCAAAGCAAAGACCUCAAAGUUUUUCUUUCACGAGGGCUGCAUAAGCUUGUACGAGGAGAAAUGGAAUUUCCGUCAGAUGAACAAAUGUCUCUCGUUUCAGCUGAACAAACAGACAGUUCAUUUCAAAGACUCGCCUGACAGUGUGGGACGAACAUCGGACAGUGUUCGCAUAGAAACCCCAUAUGGCAUUCAUUUGCGUGUCUUGGCCAAUGGCGGAGAGUGUUCUAAAGCAGUCCUAAACUAUCCCAAUGGACUGAGUGUCCAGUGUCAUGACACUUACACGGAGCACAUAUGGUCCGUACCGGAGAGCGAAUUGGAUGAAUCCCGUCGCAUUUGUACUCCACAUGGUUGCAAUAUAGUUUUCUAUAGCAAUGCGGAUCUAACACUGAUUAUGCGCUAUAAUGGUGAGGUUUAUUAUCUCUAUAAUUAUCUCGAUGCCGAUAAUAAUGAAGAGGUCGAGGAAAAUAGCCUCGAAAAUGUAAAUGCCUGCUCCACAUAUAGUACUUAUAGCAGCUACAAGCCUAUCCCAACGGAAGUCAAGACAAAAAAACGUCGCAUAGGGCGAACUGAUCGAAAUUCUGGUGGCACGGACUUAACUGGAAUCGAAGCUCGUUCAACUCAGAGUAUCACAUCGAAGACAGCAGCAGCAGCGGCAGCAAGACGGGAACGGGAAUCUAAAAGUCGAAAGGCUCAAUCUCUCUUGAAGAGCAUCGAUUGUGAGCUAAAGUUUCUGAAUUCCAUGAAGGAUAUUUACAGUUUGUCCUAUAGACAUUUAAAAAUUAUCACAUCGCUGGGCAGUGUUGUCCAUCUGCAAGAUGAUGGCAAAAUUUGGUGUGGCAAACCCUUUCAAAAUGCCGAGUGGCAUGAUUAUUGUGCCAAUGAGAGCUAUGCCAUGCGAGAUGAUGGCCUUAAAAUGAUAUGGACUGCAAGUGAAAUGAGAUGCUAUCAUAGCGAUGGUUCUGUCAUUAAAACACGCCUUGAGGAAGGCUGGGACAAGGGAGUUUUGUUUGAUGAAAUGGACCACGAAAUCACUUCGAGUAGUUCCCAUGUAUCUGCUAAAACAAAAUCUAGCCCAUCGUCAUCGCGCAUCAUGUAUAUAAAUGUAACGAAUAAAAUAGGCAGUAAUACCAGCUUGGAAGUGGAACAAGCCCAAAAACUUAACCUUAAUGUGACAACUUCGAAUAGUUUUCAAAAAGUAAGUCCAUAUGUAAGUGAAGAUGUUGAAACCGAAGCAGAUAUAGAUAGAGAUGCAGCCUAUAUUACGUAUAUGCCGAAUAAUUAUGACAUGCAACAUCACAUCUAUGCCGGAAUACAAUUCAUAUUUACACACAUUAGUGACAACAAUUUGAAGGUUGAGACAACAGUCAAUAUUCCCGAUAAUCUUCAAUUAAGGAUAUAUAAGGAACCCGUAGCAGAGAAAACAAUUGAUGGAGUUCUAUUAAACUGCCCAGAGCCCGAACCUUUCUCCUCCGAAGCCGAUGCCGAUGAAUGGGUGAAACCUAAAAAACACAGUGCCCAAAGUCGUAGAAUAAAAAUGGAAACAUCCGAGAAUCUCACAGAGAUGACUGUCUAUCAAAUUGAUGGUAAUAACAUGAAGUUAAAAAUCAAUAAGGAUUGUGCUUUAAUCAAUACUGUGUUGCGUAAAUUUGGCUGCGAUGCAAAUACGAUUCUAGUAAACGACUCAAUAGAAUUGAAGUUGAACUUUUCUCAAAGUCUUUCAAAUGCUUUUCGCAAUUGGGUUGAGGAAUUAAAUAGUUUUAUUAACUGUUUUUGUCCCAAAUGGCAGACAGUGCAUUUCCUAGAAGCCACUGGCAUUGAUUGCCAUAAGAAAGGUUUCGAAUUAAUGAAAUCGAUUCCCUCCUUGGGUAAAUAUAACUUUUGUGCUGGCAAUUAUUUUAUUGAUGUCGAAGAACUUGAAACGGUGCAUAAUCGUUUGAGAAAUAAUUUUGACUGGUAUGACAAGGAUAUGUUGAAAUUUCCACGUUUUCCACUCUAUAAAAAGACCCCAAAUGUUGUCAAUUUUCCCAUGGUCUUAAGCACAAAAAUCUAUGUAGAAGUACCCAAGCAAUUGGCUAAUGUAGAGCGUAUACACAAAUUUAUAGAACCCUUUGAUAAGAUCAAGUUUCGUAAACUGAAAUAUCGUUUUAAUGAGGCCGUACUAUUUCAUAUAUAUCCACGUCUGCGGCUUCUGGUUCAACAGGAGAUCAGUAAACGAAGUUGGCGUAGUCAUCAUCUGGAGCAGAGUCGUCGUCGUUUUCUGGAACAGCAGCGUCUUAGUCUAUAUAUGGCCAUGUUGAAGCAUAAAGUCUAUCCAAAUUAUUUUCAAUUCAAAGAUCACUAUCAUUAUCAUGUGCGUAAUAUUGACUUUUUCGAGUUUAUGGCAUCGAAAUGCAGCGAAAAAGCCAAUCCUGACCAAUACAAAGAAUCAAAGAAAUCUGAAGAAGAGGAGGAUACAUUUAGCGAACAUUCAACUGUUUUGAAAUUCAAGAAAAACAAAAAGUGCUAUUGUCCCAAGUAUAUAAAGUCCAUGAAGAAAUAAUCGACUUUUCAGAAAGGUGAUUUCGCCUUGCAGUUUUUACAGGAUUUGAAUCCUUAUGACAACAAUACUAACCUAACUACAAUGAUAAGAUUCAUCUGUUAGCAAACACUCAAAAUAAAUUUAUCCUGGUG